GCUUGUGGAAGUGAUGAGUUUGAUUAUCUACGGAUUUUUAUGGACCUUGAGAGUUGGAAGCUCUGUUUUUUCUUUUUCAAAUGAGAUCUCCAGAAAGAAGUGAAUUAUUGAAAGACAACAAUAAAUGUAAGAUCGUAAAAACAGAUCGAGUCUACGUAGAUGAAUUGCAGGCAACAAUCAACCUCUCCAGACCAGAGAAAAUGAUUCCCAUCCACUGCCCACUGUGCUGUGAUCAGCCGUUCGACGACCAAGAUGCUUUGUUCCACCAUUUGCGAAGUUUACGGAACAACCUCUUUUGCCCAAUCUGUUCUGAGAGGUUUAGUUCCCUAGACUUGCUCAUUAAACAUCUGUCUCGGAAAUGUGAUGGUCCCCUCUCACCUCGCGAGGCCAAACGGAAGUGUCUGUACAAUCAGAGCAAAUUACUUGAAAUGUUGCCAGGCAUCCCUCCAACUCCCCCAAGCAGCCUCGAACCAGCCAAUUCUUCAGAUUCACUGGAAAGCAUGAGGUCUGCUGGUGUUGUCGUUGCAAGUCCAGCUUCUACACCAGCCAUUGCCCAGCAACCAACUCCGUUGAAGCACAAACUCUCUUCAAGUGUCUCCCUCCGUCCGUUGCACACGGUACUACCUUCGCAGCAGCACAGCAAACUUACUAACAACUCCUUGAGUGUAGUCCUAAACCCAAUUUCACUCCAUCCUAGUGUGGAUAUCAGUUUUACACCAGGUAAAGCCAAAGGCACAUCCCUUGAACAAUCAAUUCUUUUGGGAUUAGGGAAAGGUUCUCAGCCGAAAGUUGUCUUACCGAACCAUACCCAGAGCUCUACGUCUAAACACUCCAGAAAAGUAGGCCCUUUAUCCUCAAAACUGAAAGAAAAGGGCAAAAAGUCAUUAGAAGUUCAAACAGAGGACACGUGUGUUUCCAAAGGAUUGAAAAAGUCAUUAGAAGUUCAAACAGAGGACACGUGUGUUUCCAAAGGAUUGAAAAAGUCAUUAGAAGUUCAAACAGAGGACACGUGUGUUUCCAAAGGAUUGAAAAAGUCAUUAGAAGUUCAAACAGAGGACACGUGUGUUUCCAAAGGAUUGAAAAAGUCAUUAGAAGUUCAAACAGAGGACACGUGUGUUUCCAAAGGAUUGUUACUAGUAUCAAAUGAAGAAAAAACUCGAGGGGAAGAAAAAGUUUUAACAAAAAGUAAUACAAAUGCUGAAGUAAGCAAAAAAUCUAUAAUGAGUGAUACUAAUCAAAGUCCCACAGUGAAUGGUGUUACGAUUGUAGAGAAAACUCCUAAUAAAACUACAAAUAACAAGAGACCACACAGGAAAUCUAAAGCCAAUUCCACACCAGAGGUGACAGAACUAGUUAGUCACAGGAGGACCAGAGGAAAAAAAAUCUGUUAUAGUAAACUAUUAAGUGACCUCGAUGAUGGUUUUGGCGAUGACUCCAGUGAUCACGUUGAAGAUGACAUAAGUGAUAAUUCCAAAAUCAGUGAAAUAAAAGAAAGUAAAAAUCUAGGCAGUCCCAAAAAAGAUGAAAAGACAUCUGAUCCAACAAUUAAUGCCAUAAACAAAGAUUUAAAUGGAAAACUUCCAGAUAUAACUAAUUCAGUUCCUCUAACAACAAACUUAGAUUCAGUAAAGAGUUCUCCUACAGAGAACUCUACAGAUGCAGGAAGAAAUGGAGGCGUAGAUAGUUUAUUAGCGAAAGAAUCAAAUACAUCAAAAGAAGAUGCCAAAGACGUUUUGUCAUCGGAUGAACAAAAAGCUGAAGAAGACGAAGAAGAAUACACUUGCUCAGCGUGUAACAUUAGGUUUACUUCGAUUUACGAGCAUAUUAAACAGUAUCACAAUGGACAGGAAGUUGUUGUGGAGGUUCCUGAGGAAGAAAUAAAAGAAGAUUUGAAAGCGUAUCAAGAAACAUCAGAAUCAUUGGUGUCGAUUUCAGGACCUGAAGCCACCGACACGCCGACACCGCCUAUUGACAAGGGGGAGAUUCCAGAGGUAAAAAAUGAAAUUACCUCUCCCUGCCCCGAAGCAAAAACCGCAGGGAAAAAAGAUACUUCGGAGGUCAAAAAUGGAAUUACCUCUCCUCGACCUAAAGCUGAAAGCAGGGUUAAAAAUAGAAGUUCAAAUACUGAAGACAGUGAAAAUGAUUCAGAACACACUAAAACACCAAAGAAGGCUAAAAAUGACACUGAAGAACACUGGGAAGAGUUACGGACAGAGAAGAAAAAAUUCUACCAUUUUGUGAGGAACAGGGAAAAAUUCAAUUUGCUUCUCUCCGAGUUCAAGAAUAAUCUCUCUAUUCACCCUGAGUUCAAAACGACAAUGAAUUCUUUAUUCGAAUCUCCAAAAAUUAACGUCGUUGAAAUCACAUACCGAGAAAAAACACCUUAUUUUGCAAACAGAACAGUCAACUUGAAUAACCCCAUGCCGAUUUUUAUUGUCGACAGAGAGGCAACUGACAACCCGGCCUUACUCGGUGGCAUAGCUAGUUUUGUCAUGGCUGGCAAGGACAGGACUCCUGUGCCGAGCGAUUCUAAACUGAUCGCUGUAAUGAAGGUGAUACUCGCGAGUGACCGGGAACUGACGGUGGAGAAUCUGGUGUUCAACGACAAACCACUCAAUGCGGAUAUGGUGCCUGUGUUGGAGGAUGUCAAAACCCCAGAGAUUCCGUUGUUGAAACACGCUAAAAUGCUCAAGUGGAGAUGCAACAAGUGUUUGGGCACUACUUGGAAGUUCCCUGUACACAAGGACUCACACUUGUGCAACGCCUGUCCCAUCUGCCACCAAAGCUUUACCAGUCCGGUGUCACUCAAGAAACAUUUAGUUCUUCACAGGAAAGAUGGUACAAAGUAUUGCACUGAGUGUCGAGCUGCGUUUGUCAGUAAAGAAGCACUUAACCGUCAUUUGACACUGCACACGACGCAUGUCCUGUGUGACAAAUGUCAACUCUUUGUACAACGGGAACUCUUUGAAAUACACAAGGAUGUACAUAGUAGUGACUUAUCUGAGCAGUUUCCAUGCAGUGUGUGCAAGAAGGUUUUUGGAUCAGGUGAAGAUUUGAACAAACACGAGACCAAGGUGUGCUCAAAGUUGGUCGCUCGGUUUAACUGUUUCACGUGCGACAAGAAGUUUCUGUCUAAGACAGCCCUCAUGUACCACACAAAGGCCCAUGAAAAUUCUCCUGUCAAACUCAAGUGUCGUUUCUGUCCUAAAAUAUUCAUUGAGGAAAUGGAACAGGUGAGUUAUAAUUGA